UCACACAUCGCCUUCAUCAGUCUAGCGUUUGCGAUUGAAGAGUCUAGUUACUGUGUAUUUACGUCCCGCCUGAUUGAUCGUCAAUUACUGUUGAAUUUAUUUAUCCCCUAUCACCUAAUCUAGAUAUUAAUCGUUUUAAAAAUGUCCUGGUACUAUACUCCUCACCCUACGGUAUACCCUGCGGAAGAAUUCGAUGCCUCUGCCGAUGCCAACGCACUACGAAAGGCCAUGAAGGGCUUCGGAACCGAUGAGCAAGCCAUCAUCGACAUCCUCUGUGCUAGGACAAACCAGCAGCGUCAGGAAAUCUCGGAGGCCUUUACCCGGGAAUUGGGACGGGAUUUGAUCGAGGAUCUGAAGUCAGAGCUAGGCGGCAAGUUCGAAGAUGUAAUCGUCGGGCUCAUGAUGCCUCCGGCCAAGUACCUCUGCAAACAACUGCACAAGGCCAUGGAUGGAGUCGGGACUAACGAGAAGACUCUGAUUGAGAUCUUGUGCUCGCUAACCAACGAACAGAUGCACGACUUGGUGGCCAACUACGAGGAGAUGUACGAUCGUCCAUUGGCGGAGCACCUUUGCAGCGAGACGUCCGGUAGCUUCCGGCGGCUGUUGACGAUGAUCUGUAUCGGCGGUCGCGAUCCACAAGGUACCGUUGAUCCAGAUUUGGCCGUCGAACAGGCCAACCAGUUGUAUAACGCGGGCGAAGGAAAGCUCGGUACCGACGAGGAAGUUUUCUACAAGAUCUUGGCCCACGCUAGUUUUGAUCAGCUGGAGAUUGUUUUUGAGGAGUACAAAAGCCUUACCGGGCGUACAAUCGAGCAAGCGCUGAAGUCAGAACUGAGCGGUGAACUGUACGAUGCCCUGAGCUCGAUUGUGGAAUGCGUCCAAAUGACCCCGCAUUUCUUCGCCAAAAGGCUACACAAAGCUAUGGACGGCGUCGGAACGGACGACGCGUCUCUGAUCCGCAUCAUUGUAUGUCGAUCGGAGAUCGAUCUACAGAACAUCAAGGACGAGUUCGAGCAAAUGUACAACAAGUCGCUAUACAGCGUUGUCAAGGGAGAAACGUCUGGUGAUUACAAGCGUGCCUUACUUGCACUUAUCGGUGAUGCUUAGAGCAAGUUUCCUGAGUCAUACAAAGUCCAUCAAACAUCUACGUGUAUGCUAUCUAAAUGUCUGAAUUCUCAGAAAACGAAUCUCUAUGCAAAGUAUACGUCAUAGUUUCGCGAAAUAAUUUAUUCAUUUAAUGCGCACAGUAUUCCGAUUGACUCACAUUCUCAAGCUCCUUCACGAAUAUUUCUAAUGGAAAAGGUAGCUGCCAAACCAAAUGAACAGACGUCAAGAGAGACAAAUUGAGGAUUUUAAAUCUCCAUGAAUCGAACUAACUAACGCGUAGAAUAUUUGUCUCUGUAUUUGUUAGAAAAAUAAUUUAUUCGCUGUUGAGAUUUCUUUUCCAGGCAUGCAUCUCUACGUAUGUGUAUUCAUCUAUGUGUAUCUAUCCAAGAAUAAACGUUGCCUUCGAGCAAAACCAAACCAAA